GCACCGCCAACUCCGAAUGCUUUCUCUCGCAGUCAUGCAUGUCUGUCUCCUACCCACAGAAAUUUUACUCCACAUAUUCACUAUCAACAUCCCAAACGGCUACGGUUGGAUACCUAUUAUUUCACGUGCUCAACUUGCUGUUCUUGCAAGGACAUGUAGGGAAUUCAAGGGGCCUGCCCUUGAUAUUCUUUGGGAAUGCAUAUCUGGGUUUAAACCACUCAUCUCAUGCCUGCCUGAAGGCAUCAGUAACACAGACAGGAGAGGAAGAUUGACGCUCCAGAGGCCUAUCCUAGCUGGAGAAUGGAGGCUGAUCCAUCAAUAUGCACGACGUGUACACUCCUUUUGGGUUGGCAGCUCUGAGUUAGACAUGAUAGAAAAUCAUGUCAUGCAAGCGUUCAUGUCUGCCCCAAUCUCCAUGUCCUUCUUCCCAAACCUUCGUAGUUUGUAUUGGUAUGACGACCGAGAACACUUCUUUCCACUCUUGCGCACCUUCCUUGGGUUAACUAUCACAUCAAUUCGGGCGGACUUCUUGUUUUCAUCCCCCUCGUUUGCCCAAUCUGCGUCGUUUGCCUCCCUCGGAAGUCUGUGUCCAUCCAUUCAGGAGCUCACAUUAUGUGUCGGUGAUUCUGCAGAGAGUUCAGAUGUAAUUUGUAAAGCUCUAUCUGGCCUGCGGGAGCUUUCCCGUUUUGAAUCACGCGCCCUCGGUCGCCGAGAGUUUCUUCACUUGGCUUCUCUACCGUCCCUCAAGUCUCUGUACUUCACAACGGAGAUGUCCGGUAUCCACAAGAUGCAAUCCAACUCCACUCCGACAAUUUUCCCCCAACUUGCUGAAGUGCACAUCAUUGCAUCGUCACCGUCCGAAGUUGAACACUUUUUCAGAAGUGUCCGUCUUCCCUCCUGUCGAUCAGCGAAGGUGGACCUGUAUUUUGAUAAUAUAUGCUAUAAUCCACUGGCAGAGGUCCUGCAUAAUAUACUGCAUAUCCCCGACAUCAUCGUCUCGCUCUCGCAGUGCCUCUCUCCUGCUCUUGAGAUAUUUUGCGUCGAGUAUGAGUUCGACCCCGAAUAUGUUAAAGAAGACAUCGCCGGUCGAAGUUAUGUGCUUGGCUUUGACGCGGUUGCCCCGUUGCUGCCGUUUAAUCGUUUAAAGCACUUACUGCUCGAGUGCAUUUGUACUUCAGAUAUUAACGACGCUUCGUUCAAGACACUUGUGCAAUCUUGGCCUCAGCUCGAGUCUCUCUCCUUUGGAGGUGGAACUCAGUCUCUAGUCCCGCCAUCUAUGACCUCCACAGCACUCGUCCACCUCAUCCAACAUUGCCCGCGCUUGCACUGGGUUCAAAUAUCCUUUUGCGCAAUUCCUGUCGACUACGACAACGAUCCCUUCUUUUUUGAAACCGUUCCUAAUGAGAAGAUCAUUGCCCUUUCUGUGGGGAUGUCUCCGAUCGGCGAUCCUUACGCCGUGGUCAACAUACUGCUUAGAUUGCUGCCCAAGUUGACAUAUGUUAAUUUCCUCGGCUGGCUUGAUGAUCACACGCCUGCGCCCGCGCCAUCGCCAUUUGAAGAUCUUGAGGAUGGAUGGAAUGCUGUGAAUGAGAUCCUGAAGGCUAGAAACCAGCGCAGAUUAAAAUAACGG